AUGAAUUCCGAACAGUUCCAGUAUUUUAUGGAGCAGCAAAAUAAGGCUCUCCUUACAUUGGUGCAAAGUGUUCAUAACAGGAGUGCGGCUAAUGAAGCUGCAAGUGCAUCGGCAAGGCCUGUCGCGAUGGAAAGUUCUGGAAUAUAUUUCAAUUUCGAUCUUACACCGGAACAAUUAGCUAAUCCAGAAGAAGCUCUUGCUGCGAUUAAAGCUAAAGUGGUGCGUGAACGGAACCAGCUUGUCGAUUGGUUAGACUUUUUCUCAAUGCAACAGCAACCAAUAGAAAGCAUCGACGAGUUUGUUUCGCGAAUGAAAUUGCUUGCUCGUUUGUGCCAGUUUGGUGAUUUAGAGGAAAAACUUAUAACGUACAAGAUUGCUACAUCGAAUAAGUGGCAAAAAUUGUGUACAAAAUUUCUGACAAUGUCAGAGCUAACGGAAGUGAAAGCAGUGAAUUUGUGUUGGGCGGAAGAAAUUACCGAGCAGCAUUCUGCGACUAAAAGUGAAAAAAGUGAUAGUGAUUAUGACACUGAUGACAGUCAAAGUGAAACAAGUGAUGAAAGCAGCGAUGGAGAUAGUGAUGCAGAAAAAGUGACCAUUGGAAAAAUACACGACCAUUCGAAGGCUGGAGGGCAUGUUCUUGCAGAUUUGGAUCUAAAAAUCGGCAACAAAUGGCAGUCACAUCAAUGCGAGCUGGAUACCGGAGCCAAUACUAGCUUAGUUAGUUUCGACUGGUUGACGAAGGUGACCGGAAAUCCCAACCCGAAGCUGAAUCCUUCGAAAUUUAAUCUGCAAAGCUUUGGAGGUGGAGAGAUUCCAGUAAAAGGUGAAGUUACCAUACCAUGUCGCAGGAACGGACGUAAGUACAACCUUUUGCUACAAGUUGUGAAUGUUAGUCACCGCCCCCUGCUGUCUGCCAAUGUUUGUAAGAUCCUUGGAUUCGUUCAAUUCUGCAACUCUGUAUCGUUCACCUCGCCUCAAUCUGAUCAGGAUUUGCUUAACAUCUAUCGUAUUCGAGCUCAAGCAAUAAUAGAUCAACAUCCGAAGGUUUUUGACGGUUAUGGUAGAUUCUCUGGCUGUGUGUCUUUAGAAAUUGAUCCAAAUGUUCCUCCUUCAAUUCAACAACCUCGUCGAAUUCCAAUUGCUUUGAGACCCAAGCUGAAGAAAGAACUCAAGAAACUGGAGAAGGACGGAAUCAUUGUUAAGGAGACGAGUCCUACCGAUUGGGUCAGCAACAUCGUGUUGGUAAAAAGAGGAAGUGCUGAAAAUGAGUGCCUUCGAAUUUGUCUUGAUCCUAUUCCGCUGAACAGGGCUCUGAAGCGUCCGCAUCUGCAGUUUACAACAAUCGACGAAAUUUUACCGGAAUUGAGCAGAGCUAAAGUUUUCUCCACGGUUGAUGCUCGUAAGGGGUUUUGGCAUGUAGUGCUUGAAGAAAAAAGCAGCAAACUCACCACGUUUUGGACACCUUUUGGUCGCUAUCGUUGGGUUCGUCUCCCCUUUGGAAUUGCUCCAGCACCUGAAAUAUUUCAGAUGAAACUGCAAGAAGUCGUUCAGGAUAUCGAGGGUGUUGAGUGUCUUGUUGACGAUCGGAUCGUUUUUGGUGUUGGUGAUACACUACUGGAAGCUUUAGAAAACCAUUCCGAAUAG